CCUGGUGCCAAUACGGCUGCUUACACUGCGACAUGUUCUCCGCGUGAUCCUUGUAUAUUGGAUUGAACACCUGGUUAUUCUGCGACUUGUAUCGCAGAAUUUCAUGAUUCAUCGAUGGAGGAUGUGAGAUUCUACGUGACGGAUGAGGGAAAGAGUUCUACAAUCGCAUUCAGCGUCCCUGCAACAGAUGACAAUCACGGGAAGGGACUGAAGCCUAGUGACGGGGCAAAGUCUCCUCCCCUCACUCCCGUCACUGAAGAUCCCUCGCACAGAGGUCAUGCUGCUGACAAAGGGGAAAAUAAGGAAAGUCAUGGUGCACCAAAGGAACUUUUAAGGUUGAGUAAGAGGGACUCACCACCAAGCAGCAGUCGAGUGCGCUCAGCAUCCACUGGACGUGGCAAAAAUGAUGACCUAAGAGCUAGAUACUGGGCAUUAUUGUUUGAGAACUUGCGGCGGGCAGUGGAUGAGAUCUACCAGACUUGUGAGAAGGAUGAAAGCAUUUUGGAAUGUAAGGAGACCAUCUUGAUGCUGGAGAAUUAUACACGGGAUUUCCACAGCUUGAUUGACUGGUUAAAGCUCAAGUGGGAGUAUGAGAACACCCCACCUCGUCAAAGACCUACUUCGUUUGCCUGGGAGAUUCGAAAGACCACCUCCAACAAAUACAGGGUUGAGACCAGACCAGGGGAACCUGAGAAGGCAGCUCCCUUUUGCUCUCUGAGAAGAUACAUUAACUUCACCCUAAAAUCAGCUUCUGUCCAAACUGAAGAUGAAAUGGAUGAAGGAGCAAAUGAAACCCCUAUUCUCCCUUUUUCACUUGAAAUACCCAUUCCUAAAUCAAGCAUUGAGUCACAGACCUCCCCCAUAUCACCAGCCCCAGACAAGUCAACCUUUAAUGAGGUGGACCUCACUCAAGAUCAGUUUGUCCAGACUGAUGAUAUAGGUGAAGAGGAGCUCUCUCAUUUGGUAUGUGCCAGUGCAGAGGAUGAAUCAGUUGAUGAGACUCAACUAAGUGAGAACCAGACUGAGGAGAAGAGUGUGGGUGAGAACAGUAACCCUCUGUACCUUCAACCUUGUCUGGAAAUAAAACAAGUCAUUGAUGAAAAGACUGAGGACAAGACAAAGUUGUCCUUAGGGAAGCCCAAGUCUCCCAUCCCUGAAUUGGCAGCAUCUAAUGAAGGGUCUACCAUAAUGGUACAGUCAGUUCAGCUGAAGCCCCAGAUUCCAACAAAUCGAGCAUGGUUGCUACGGAGCAUGGCCAUUCGUUCUGGAAAUGUGGGGAAGGGUGGAUGGUGGGGCACACCAGUACGUGGACCUAGUGCACCUAAUACCCCCAUUGUGAGGCCCAGAAUCACUCUUCAGUCACAGGCUCCACUAAGAAGUAAUUUGAGUAUAGGAUGCAUGAGGAGAGGAGGGGCAAGAGGGAAGGCUGUGAUGGGAAACACCAGGCCCACAAAUCCAUCACGGCUCUGUGGUUCCACAUCAUCUAUCAGCAGUAGCUGUUCUUCUUCCACCAGUUCUACAGGACAAGGGCGACGCAAGAUCAUUGAUGAAGAUGGGUGGGAGAUGGUGCAGGGGCGUUCCCGUUCCAAGCACAUUCAACGGAGCCAAGCUAGAAAUGCUGGUUCAGGGGAUGUAUCUCGGUCAACAGAGAAUGUCCAACAAGCCAGCAGGAGCAAUGUGAGCCCUGGACUGGGACACAAGGGUGUUUCUUCAAAGUGGCGCAUGCACAUCCCCAGCUCUGCCAUGUCUCUCCCUUCAGUUGUUAUCAUCGAUCAGGAUACAAGCCAUGUAUCUCCUUCACAUUCACAGAGACCAUCUCCAAAAGAGCAAUUUUCAGAGGAGAAGGAUAAGGAGGGGAGAAAAGAGGAGGAGGAGGAGGAUGAAGAAGAGGAGGAGGUGGAUACAUCAAGUCAAGGACAACAAACAAAGACUGCUGGAAGGGGAUCAGGCUAUGGAUCAAGCAAAAAGGAUCUCACAACCAAGGCCUACCGGGAUGCCACAAAGCAGCAGCAGAAAGGGAAUGGGACUGAGAAAGGGAGAAAUCCAGAGAGGAAAAAGAGUGACCCAAGUAGCAGAAAACUCAAUGAAGAGGUUUGCCCUAAAGAUGCUACCACUGACCUGGAAUUGAGGAAUGAAGUUAAAUCUGUCAGGGAAACGAUGGAGUUGACUGAUUUUCCUCUUGAAGAUCAGGGCAAGAAAGAUGAAGUAGAAGAGGAUGAGGAGGAUAGGAAGCAGUAUCAAGAAAUGAAGGCAUGUGAUGCUGCCAUUGAGUCUGCCCUACAAGAAGAGCAGAAUCUUCAAAAGGAGAUCUUUGAGACUGAGAAGCAGGACAUUCAGAUGUUAGAUGCAGAGGAGGAAGUUGGUGAUCUGGAAUCUAAGGAAUCACAGGAUCAUAGGUCACUUGAAGAGGAAUAUGACAGCAUUCUUUCUGGAAUGUCCUGGGGAGACCAGAUGGACUUCCUGGAGGAAAUAGCCCGAGAGCCUGGGAGGGCAAUGCAAAUGCAUGAGAAGCUGUCCACCCAAGUCCGGAAGCGGACAUCCGAGGAGACACUCAAACGACAUGAGGAGAAGCAAGCUAAGGCCCAGGAACUUCGUGAAAAGCUUCUGGAACAAAAAGCCAACAAACUCAAAGAGCUUUCAAAGAAGAUUGAAGAGGUGCGAGCAACAAAAAACCAGCUGUUGGAUGAUCAUCGUCGGAUGAUUGAAGUGAACUUGAAACGUGCCGAGGAGAAGCGCAAUUGUCAUCUCCGACACAUUGUUCACAAGGCACAUGAUGAGGAGGAGAAAGCAAAAGAAAUAGCUUUCAUCAACAUCCUGGAGGCACAGAACAAGAGACAUGACUUCCUAACCCAGUCCCAGAUUCAGGAAGCACGACUGGCAGACCUUCAGGAAGAGAGACAAAGAAAGCAUCAGGACAAAGCAGCCAAGGAGGCAGCUGCUGAGGAGAGAAGAAAAGUAAUGGAAGCAGAACGUUUGGCCCGCAUCGAGCAGAGACACGAGAGACGCCGCAAACAGAUCCAUCUCUACGAAGAGAAGGAGAAGGAACGACAGGAGGCUGCUCGUGAGAAGGCCAGGGAUCGAGAAGAGCGGCUGUGUGCAUUGCAGGCAGCCCAUGCAGCCACUGUUGAAGAGUUGCAGAAAAAGAUUCAGCAGAAACAGGAAGAGAGUGCAAGACGGCAUGAGGAGAAAAUCGAGGACAUUCGACGCAAAGCAUUUGAAUCUUCUGUUCUUCGAUGUUCCUCUACCAUGGAUGAUGCACCUCGUCUCAUUCCUUAUGAGACCAAGAAGAUGUGCACACUUUGCAAUGUCCUUAUCGGUUCCGAGGUGUACCUCCUCAGUCACUUGAAGGGGCGGAAACACAGGGAAGCCAUCUGUGAGCAUAGUUCAGGGAUGAACCCAACACGGGAGCAGCUUGGGGUUCUGAACCUGAAGCACAUUGUGGAUGCUCCCUCUGACCAAAUUGAUCCUCACAUUCAACUGGACAAAGAACGACAAAAGGCCUUGCGCAAGCGCUGUCGUAAGCUCCGGCAACGAAUGGCUGCUCGAGGAGAGGAGUACAUGAAAUGUUUUGCCUCUGAAGAGGAAGGGAAGGGGAAGAGAUUACUUGGUCAUGCCCCAAAUGGAUCCAAGAUAGAAAGACUAUUGAAAGAGAUGAAGAAAGUGAAGGAAAAUGAGGGGAGAGGUCCCUGGGACCAGGCAUCCUCCCAAGCCUUGGAUCGAGCACUUGGAGGACUUGAACGUAUCCUCACUCACCAGAAUUUGAAGGACCAGUAUGUCCUGAGAAUGGGAGGAGGCUUUCAGCUGCUGUUGGAGCUUCUGGCUACCCUGCGCUCUAGUGGACACAAACUACUUAUCCCUGCUAAGUGUUUGUCUCGUGUUGCCUUUGUCUGGCACCUGGGCUGUGUGGACAAUGCUGAGAAUGCAUCUUUCACUCUCCAGAGUAACUGUAUCAGCCAUCUCAUUGACUUUGCCUUCAAGCAGUUAAAUGAAAUGGUUCCAGAUAAUGCAAGUUUUCUGCCUGGCGGUGGAAAUAGCGGGGAUCCGGGCCGGCCUUGGAAGCCGGACCCAGUGGCCUCUAGACUCCUUCAGUUGUUGGCAACCGUGUUUGCAGGACUCCAAGAAGCCAGGCCUUCCGCACCGGAGUCUCACUGGUUCAAGGUCCAGGAUGCCCUCAGGUAUUUUCCUUUUGGCUGCUUGAUGCUCGACUGGGAGAAAGAGACUAUAGAAAGAAUGGACCCUGGUUCGUUCCCUGUAUCCUUGGUGAAGGGAAGGGAAGAGACAGGAUUGGAUGUGACAGGGAAGGGACUGUGA